CCUGUAAUCCCAGCACUCGGGAGGCAGAGGCAGGGGAAUCAUGACUUGAAGACCAGUCUGAGCGACAUGGUGAGAUCCUGUCUGAAAAGGACACAGAGGGAUGAGCCAGUAGAGAGCUUGCUGGUUUCCUGCUCAGGACCCCGCCAUGGCGAUGGCAGUAGCCCAGAAGUUCAGCCACCUGCUGUCCAGCCUGUGGCACGUGGGCCAGAAGCCUCUGCAGCCGGAGCCCGUGUUCACGGUGGACCGGGCUGAGGUGCCGCCCCUCUUCUGGAAGCCCUACAUCUACGCCGGCUACCGGCCGCUGCAUCAGACCUGGUGCUUCUACUUCCGCACGCUCUUCCAGCAGCACAAUGAGGCUGUGAACGUGUGGACCCACCUGCUGGCCGCCCUGGCGCUGCUGCGCCUGCUCAUCCUGGUGGGGAGUGUGGACUUCCGGGAGGACCCGCACGCCCUGCCGCUCUUCAUCAUCGUCCUGGCCUCCUUCACCUACCUCUCCUUCAGUGCCCUGGCGCACCUCCUGCAAGCCAAGUCGGAAUUUUGGCACUACAGCUUCUUCUUCCUGGACUACGUGGGCGUGGCCGUGUACCAGUUUGGCAGUGCCCUGGCGCACUUCUACUACGCCAUUGAGCCCUCCUGGCAUGCCCAGGUACAGGCCAUCUUCCUGCCCAUGGCUGCCUUUUUGGCCUGGCUGUCUUGUGCCGGCUCCUGCUACAACAAGUACAGCCAGAAACCAGGCCUGCUGGGCCGAACUUGCCAGGAGGUGCCCUCGGCGCUGGCCUAUGCGCUGGACAUCAGCCCCGUGGUACACCGCAUCAUAGUGUCCCCUCUCCCUGCCGAGGAUGACCCCGUUCUCUAUCACAAGUGCCAGGUGGUUUUCUUUCUUCUGGCCGCUGCGUUUUUCUCCACCGUCAUGCCCGAGAGUUGGUUCCCCGGCAGCUGCCACAUCUUUGGGCAGGGACACCAAGUUUUCCAUGUCUUUUUGGUGUUGUGCACACUGGCCCAGCUAGAGGCGGUGACGCUGGACUAUCAGGCCCGGAAGCCCAUCUAUGAGGCCCUGCAUGCCCUGCCCCACAACUUCUCCGGCCUCUUCCUACUCACCGUGGGCAGCAGCAUCCUCACGGCCCUGCUUCUCAGCCAGCUGGUGCGGCGCAAACUCCAUCAGAAGACUAAGUGAAAGCUGGCAGGGUGGGAGCUGGCAGCGCGAGAGAAGGCGCUAGAAGGGACAAAGGCCUGGACUUGGCUCCAGAUGGGAACCAGGCCUGGUAAAGUUGUGUCUAUCUGGCAGGCCACGACUCCCUGCCUACAAGCUCAAUGGUCACGAUGGCGCUAGCCAGUCCUUGGACCUGGGGAUUGGCUGGGAGUUACAGCAUCCCUGACCAGUUCCCUGCCCUGGGAGGGGAAGAGAUAAGGGAGUAGAUCUUUCUCAAUGUUCCUUCCUUGCUUCCUAACAGAGCUAAUAGUUGGGGUCCAGCUCUGGUCAGCACCCUGGUCUGGGGGUUCCAGGUUGUUGGGUGGGAGAUGAGUCCUUGGCCAGAGUCACAUUUGAGCUGAGAGGGAGAGGAAUCCUCAGCGGCCAUCUUCUACCACAUGUCACUGGUGGGGGGAAGGAAACAGGUCAAAAGAUGGGUAGCAUUUUAAUCUUACCGUCCCCUGCAUGCCAGCCUGAGUCACUGGGUUCCAGAGAGCCUCCCAAGACGCAAAUCCCCACCCACUGCCCAUCCCCCAUCACCACAGCCCCAGUCUUAAGCCUCACAUGUAGCACUGGCCUGUGUGUCCUGCACUCUUUCCAACUCC